AUGCAAACAUCCAAGGUGCUCCGCGCCUCCCCCGCAUUUUCCACCCUUCGUCCCUUCAGCACCUCCUCCGCCUUCCAUCGCUCCCCCUCCAUUCGUGACAUCACCCCUAACAAUGCUGCCGACUUUGAUGCUCGACAGAAAGAGUUUCGACAGAGUCUAGAGGCUGCUCGCAAGAAGAGGGAAGAGCAAGAGAGUCAGUCUGUCACAGCUACCUUCCGUGAUCAUGCCCGACAGCAAGAGCAAUUAGAUGCCGCACACGACAAUGCUGCAAAGCGAGGCCCUUUGUCGUCUCUCAUCUACGGCACCAAAGAAGGACAAGUCUUUGACAAAAACAUCGAGCGAUCCUUCUCGCAGGUGAUUGCCCGUGGAAAGUACGUGCACUCAAUUGUCUUCCAUGACGUCAAGCCCGACAAGGUCGACGAGUACGUCGAGCUCGUCGGCAAGUGGUAUCCUCGCAUGGCGGCUCUAGAAGAGAACAAGGUGAAUCUUGUUGGCAGCUGGCGCACCCAAGUUGGAGACAACGACACAUUUGGCUACCAUGAGUCGCUCCAUGCUAUUUCCGAGCACCCAGAAUUCCGAGAAUUCGACAAAAAGCUCAAGUCCUUGAUAAAGAGCAAAAGGACGUCGCUUAUGCAAGAAUUUUCGUUCUGGCCGACAACACCUCCCCGUCGGUUGGGUGGCUUGUUUGAACUGCGCUCUUAUACUCUGCACCCGGGCAAUCUCUUGGAGUGGGAAACACACUGGCGCCAGGGACUCAAGGCACGUCGUGAGGUCAUGGAAGGCGUAGGUGCCUGGUUCGUGCAGAUUGGCGAUCUCAACACGGUGCAUCAUCUCUGGCAGUUUGCCAACUUGGAGGAACGCAAGAUCCGCCGUGAACAGUCCUGGGGCAUUGAAGGCUGGGCGGACACGGUACAUCGAACAGUGCCGCUCAUCCAGUCCAUGAAGAGCAGGAUUCUGAUCCCCAUGCCUUGGAGUCCAUCAACCCGUAUCAGCAACCCCAGAUUCAAAAGUGCGUGCCGCGGCCCCACCGGCGGACCCAAGGAGAGGGAACCAGCCAAAAAGUUGAAUGACGGCGCGUUUCUCCACAUGCGCGAAGGGGAAAAAAAAAUACUACUACUUCAGUCUCCAACACAACCAGACGCCAACACACCCAUCGACAUCGUCGGCCAUUGGGCUGCUACCGGCCUUCACAUUUUCCGUUUCUGCUUCUGCACGUUGACAUAUCGAAAUCAUACCAGCAUGACUUGGAUCCGACAGAAUGAUCUCCCCAAGCUGCGUGAGUACAAGUACUCCGGGGUUGAUCAUUCGCUGGUCAGUCGCUACAUCCUGAAGCCAUUCUACAGCAAUUUUGUGAUUCAUUUGUUUCCCACGAGCAUGGCCCCGAACCUCGUCACACUAACUGGCUUCUCCUUCGUCAUCGUGAACUUUUUGACUCUGCUUUGCUAUAAUCCGACAUUGGAUCAGGAUUGCCCGCCAUGGGUGUAUGGGAGCUGGGCUGUUGGGCUGUUUCUGUACCAGACUUUCGACGCUGUUGACGGAAUGCAGGCUCGCAGGACUAAGCAGAGCGGCCCUUUGGGCGAGCUGUUUGACCACGGUGUCGAUGCUUGUAACACGGUUUUGGGGGUUUUUAUUUUUGCCGCUACGAUGAACCUUGGGCAGUCUUGGGCUACUGUCCUGACCUUGUGGGGAGCUGUCAUGACAUUUUACGUUCAAACGUGGGACGAGUACUAUACCCAUGUCUUGACUCUCGGCAUCGUCUCUGGGCCGGUCGAGGGCAUUCUAACCCUCUGCGCCGUGUUCUCGUUCACGGCGUACAUCGGCGGAGGCAGUUUCUGGCAUCGCCCGAUGUUAGCGACUGUCGGCGUCCCCCAGUUCAGUUUCCUCCCCGAUGCCGUGUACGAACUGCCGUUUACCUCAUGGUACAUGGUCUAUGGAGCCUUUGUGCUCUUCUUUGCGACGGGAAGCAGCAUCCUCAACGUCAUGAAAGCUCGCCGUGCGCGAUCCGAAAGCCCAGUCACGCCACUCUGCGGCCUCCUGCCCUUUGUGUACAUGUGGUUGCUGACGCCCGCGUAUCUGUAUCUGCAGCCCAACAUUCGCGAGAAUCACCUUGUCCCUUUCCUGAUCUAUGUGGGUAUCGUUAAUGCGUAUUCCGUGGGCCAGAUGAUUACCGCGCAUCUGCUCAAAACGCGUUUCCCGCGAAGCAACAUUCUCAUGUGGCCGCUCGCAGUGGCUGUGCUCGACAGCUUGGGUCCUUAUAUUGGUCUCUGGCCUAGCGCGCUUGGUGAUGAUAUCUACCAGGUAGGGUUUGUGUUUACGGCGCUUGGCCUUGCGGUUGGCGUGUAUGCCAGUUUUGUGCACACCGUGAUUGUCACCAUCUGCGACUACCUCGACAUUUGGUGCCUGACUAUCAAGCACCCGUACGUCGAGGCCAAUGGCAAGAAGAGGUCUUUCUGCCUCGCUCUUUCCCUCCCUCCAUCACCGACCGUCUCUGUUCUCGCGGUCGAUCUCCUCAACCCUACUCCUCAGUCUGAGGCUCGCAAGCACAAGCUCAAGACCCUUGUGCCUGCCCCUCGCUCCUUCUUCAUGGACGUCAAGUGCCCAGGAUGCUUCACAAUCACCACCGUUUUCUCACACGCUCAGACCGUCGUCAUCUGCGCCGGCUGCUCGACCGUCCUCUGCCAACCCACCGGUGGUAAGGCUCGUCUCACUGAGGGCUGCUCUUUCCGACGCAAGUAA